AUGGCUCGCGAUUAUACGGGUGCAAUCGUCGGGAGCAUAAUAGGAGGAUUAUUUGUGAUUGCAACAUCCAUCAUAAUAGGGUGGUUUUGUUUCGUUUAUCGCCCUCGCCGGAGACAAGUAGAAUUCCAGGAACAAGCAAUAAUUUAUGAAAAAGCAGAGGAUAUAACGGGUCAAAAGCCUGUCUAUGGCCUUUCUGAUGACCUAGGAGCGAUAGUGAAGAGGGUACUAGACGAAGAAACAAGUCAGGGCUUGGGAACAGUGUCAGAGCUGGAAGGAUACCAAGCCCCUAUCGAGAUGGAAGCACAUAAUCCAACCUUCACCUCCCGGUCGUUCGCAAAGUAG